AAUUCAUGGGAGAUGUCGGAGGACAAUCUGAAGGAGUACUUCGGCAACUACCGCAACGUUUUGCAGACGGUGGUUAUGAGAGACAGGAUCACUCAAAGACCCAGAGGUUUUGGGUUUGUGGUCUUUGUCGAUCCUGCUGUUCUUUAACUUGAUCUUUUGGUGAAAGGUAUGGCUUAUCGGAUCGGCUACAGAAAGCACAAGUACUGCUUAGAUAAUUUGAAGGAUUUGCUGAGGUUCUUGAGGCGCAAUGAUCCGCAGAACCGGGAUGUUUUCAAGGAAGUAUGCAAGUGGAAUAUUGUAUCUAAGGAUUUGAUACCUAUUAUUGAGCACUGCCAAGAUGAUCGUAGCUUGGUUUUAAAUGCAGUGAAGGUUCUGGUGUUCUUAACUAUGCCAGUUGAGCCUACAGCAAAUGACAUUUUACAACAAAUUGAAUUUCUAUGGGAGUUGAAGUCUUCAAUUAUGUCUAGUGACAUUGUUGUGGUUAUAGUAUCGCUUCAAUUACGUCUUCAAGUUUUUUUCUUCGUUGUUAAUUAAAAUAGUGUAACAAGUGCAAAUUGAAUUAACAUUUUUCCUUUUCUUUCUUUAUAUUCCUAACUAGUUAUGCAAUAGGUAAUUGCUGUUUUCUGAUGUUAAGCUAGAGUUUUUAUUAUAUUC